AUAUAUUCGUUGUUCUCAUAAAUACAAGUUAGAAACAACAUAGCGCUGCAGCUGCGCGUUUGUUCAAACUUAAAACCCUAAUAAGAUCAAAAACAGAGAGGAGGGGACCAACAUCAUAAUUCACAGGUCACAGCUAUGGCGGAGCACUUAGCAUCCAUCUUCGGCACAGAGAAGGACCGUGUCAACUGUCCCUUCUACUUCAAGAUCGGUGCUUGCAGGCAUGGCGACCGAUGCUCUCGCCUCCACACCAAGCCCAGCAUCAGCCCCACCCUUCUGCUUUCCAACAUGUACCAGCGGCCCGAUAUGCUCACCAACCCCGGCGUCGACCCCCAGGGCCAAGCCUUAGACCCUCGAAAGAUCCAAGACAACUUCGAGGAUUUUUAUGAGGAUCUGUUUGAGGAGCUGAGCAAGUAUGGACAGAUCGAGAGCUUGAAUAUCUGUGAUAAUUUGGCUGACCACAUGGUUGGUAAUGUGUACGUUCAGUUCAGGGAGGAAGAACAUGCUCAAGCUGCGCUUCAGAAUCUCACUGGGAGGUUCUAUGCAGGGCGCCCCAUCAUCGUUGACUUUUCCCCGGUGACGGAUUUUCGUGAAGCUACAUGUAGGCAGUAUGAAGAAAAUGUAUGCAAUCGAGGUGGCUAUUGCAACUUCAUGCAUUUGAAGAAAAUUAGCAGGGAGUUGAGGAGGCGAUUAUUUGGGAGAAACAGGAGAAGGCAUAGUCGCAGUCGAAGCAGAAGCCGUAGUCCUCAAAGGCAUCAUCGUGGUGGUUAUCAGGAGCGACCACAUGGAGGACGCGGUUUUGGCAGAAGAGGAGGAGGAGGAGGAGAUGAUGACAGAGAUCAUCGUUUCCAUGAUAAAGCAAGGAGGCCUAGAAGCCGUAGUCCUGGACGUAGAGGAAGAAGUAGAAGCCCUGUGGGCACUGGGGGCAAAAGGAAUAGGAGUCCUCCAGCCAGGGAAAGCAGUGCUGAAAGAAGGGCUAAGAUCGAGCAAUGGAACAGGGAACGGGAACAGGUGGACUCCGGAAGUAAGUAUGAUAAUAACAACAACAAUAACAGUAAUGAUGAUGAAUGGAAUGGUUAUGCUGAGAACAGCGAUCAGUACUACGAAGAUCCUCAGCAGCAGCAGCAGUAGCAUGAUAGGUACAAAAGCAAGCAUCCUGCUUCUGAGAUCAAGCCUCAGUUAUUUCAGGCAGCUAACCGUGUUACUUGUAUACAAGUUGGCUGUUGUCCAAGAGCUAUGUCCAGUAUUAGAUGUGAUGGGUUUUGGAGGCGUUAGGGUAAUUUCCGGAUCCUGGUGCAGGAAAACGCUGGCUGCAAGGGUGAUUUAUUAUUAUAGGAAAGAUCCAAGUGUACGGGAAGUAAGAGACAAUAAUGUUUUUACUAGAAUUAUGAAAUGUUGUCUGAGAUGUCUUAUAUUAAAGUCUUUAAGACCAUGUUGUUAGAAUUGUUAGCGUGAUUUUUAUUGCUGCUUUUGCUAAUUUGAGCUUUGUGAUAUAUUUAUUGUUUCCCAA